CAAAUUUCAGGAACAUAUUUUGAGCAGACUCCAAACGCCACCUUUGGUUAGCGUCUCUGCGACGCGCCACCGUUCGCUCUUUAUCCUCGGUUUCACUAUUCGAUCCCAAAUUCAAUAACCAGCAGAUAUAUACAUUCAAUUUGAGUGAAAACCCCCUAUAAACCCUAAAACCAUGCCUCCUAAAAAGGAUCUCUGCAGAAAUUUUCAGCACGGAAGUUGUCGAUAUGGCGAUCGCUGUAAGUUUAUUCAUGCCACGUCACAACAACAACAACCAAAAAGCAACCCAUUUGGAUUUGGCGUACAAAAUGGCAGUCCAUUUCAGCAAACAAAUCAGCAGCAACAGAUGCCAAACCCUUUUGGUUUUGGUGUUCAGAAUAAUAAUCAGUCAAAAGGGGGCAAUGACUUUGGAUCUAAACCAAAUCAAUUCAAGCCAUUCGAGAAUAAAUGGUCACGUGGUGCAUCUGCUUCACAACAAUCUCAAAAUCAGCAAAGUGCCACGGUUCAUAAGUGCACAGAUUCUGAGUCCUGCAAAAGAGUAAUUGUGGAAGAUCUUGAAAAUGAGAGGCCCCAAUGGAAGCUUACUUGUUAUGGUCAUGAUAAAAUUGGUCCCUGUGACAUUGUUGGUGACGUCAGCUGUGAAGAGUUGCGCGCAUUAGCAUAUGAUGACUCUAGGCAGGGAAAAAGUUUGCAGCUCAUUGUAAGACAAUAUGCACUUACCGACUUGUCAUUUUGGCUUGUGUUUACGAUCGAGAGAGAACGGAAUUUGCUUAAUUCUAAGCUAGUUGAGUUUCAGAACCUCAUCCAGAAACCAUAUACUUUAUCUUCAUUUGCUAAUCCGAGCACCCAAAACCCAUUUGGUGGAGGCAAUGCAAGCACUCCAGCCAUGAACAGUGCUUUUCCUUCACCUGCAUCAAGUUUUAAUCAAGUGGGUGCCUCACUGAAUACUGGGCCUGCUGCGUCGCCUAAUUCAUUCGGCCAACCAACUGCUGUCCAGAACAACAACAGUCAGCCUUCUAACAUGUUACCGACAAACAAUUCACCUUUUAACACUCCAGGCACCUUUGGCAGCAAAACUCCAAACCAACCUGUUCAAAGCUCCUUUCCUUUUGGUUCAAAUAGUGCCCAGACAAAUCCUUUUUCAACAUUAGCCAACUCAGCUCAGACGAAUCCUUUUUCAACAUUAGCUAACUCAGCCCAGACGAAUCCUUUUUCCACAUUACCUAACUCAGCCCAGACGAAUCCUUUCUCAACAUUAGCUAACUCAGCCCAGACAGGGAAUGCGUUUGCUAAACAGUCAAACUCAGCCUUCAAUGGGCACAAUUCAGCUUCUAGCGGUUUUGGCCAGUCCACCAUAAACGUCCAGUCAACAAAUAGCAGUCCAGUGGGGAACACCUCUAAUGUGGACGAUAGCAUAUGGACAAAAUCUGAAUGGAAGUGGAAUGUUGGAGAGAUCCCAGAAGAAGCUCCUCCAGAUAUAUACAUUCACUAAGCCCAGCAACGUUCAAGGGUUCAUGAUUUUAUGCUUAACCUGAUUUGCGGAAUUCUGUACGUAACUUUCAUCACAUUACCAGGAAACUUUUCAUGAUCUGAGUUGCAUUUCGAGUCCUCCAAAAUACACACUCAUGUAACAAGUUAUACGACUCUUGAAACAGCUCAUGGGUUGAAUCUUUCGUCACUUUUACAGUUAUUAGUCAGCUCAUUGGUCGGAUCUUUAGUCACUUUUACAGUUAUUAAGAGUAAUUGUUAGUAUGCAGCAUGAUUUACGGAAAGAUUAGGUUGAAAACUGAAUAAUGAAUGUAGUAUGGGGUGAAUUUGUAAUUUUUUAUACCGAAAAAUGAAAUUCAAAGUUUACUGUGAAUGUUAAUUAUAAUACAUUCUUGUUGUAUGAGACAACCUUACGAUUAUAUGAGUCGACGAGUCAUACUUUUUGAACUAAUUUGUGCAUUUAUAUUGAGAAGUGUC